GUGACAUGCUGAGUCUUGAGACGUUUGUAAUUCACGGCAUCGCCUUUUGAUUCAGGAACUUUAUGAAUACCCAUUGUUAAUGCAUUCACCAUGAGUUUUUACUUUUAAUAAUAUUUAUAAUGUAUAAAAACACAAACGCUUCGUCAAUAAUGGAAAAUGAGGCACAGGAAACUGAAUCGGAUAUGUAUAUACAACAUUUAAAGAAGGUGGUUGAAAAACUAAAACAUUUCGAAAAAAAGCCAAAAGAUAUUAGAGGAAGACAAAUAACUGAGUGGUUUAGCCUAGGCGAAGAUAUUUUUUACGAAUUCAAUCAAUUGGGAAUUUCUGUCAAAUGGGAUUACUCUUUAAUAAAAAGAGGGAUUGAGGUUAAUGAAGUCGUCAUUAAUAUAACACAAAAUCAAGAGUGGCUUCAAACUUUUAUAAAUAUAUAUCCAAAUAUUAGAAUCGACUUAGAUCUGGUUGGUUCCGCAGGAGAUAUAUGCAAAGUUCGAUCAGGAAUAGAAGUUUUGUUGCGAGGAUUCGUAAAUGUGGAUACAAAUUUCAACAAAGUACUACAAGAUUUAGAAGAGUUAGGAGAAGUAGACGAAUUUGACAGAUGUUUAAGUGUGUGGAGAAAUACAGGUCAUCGCCCUGAUUUUGCUUCCAAUGAAAAGCAAUCUACUACUCCUAAACACCAUUGGUGGUGGUAUUGAGCUGAAUAUAUUUUUUAUAGUUGGCUAAGGAAGAAAUUGUGGUUUUUUUUAAAUACAUAUUUAAUAAUAAAAUAAUUUACAAUGGACGUUAAAUCUAGUGAGUGGCAGGGCAAGGCCGUGGACAAUAUUACCAAAUAUUUACACCGAGGUGGCGAAUGUCAAGGUGAUGUGCCUCAACUUAUUGGUGGUCCAGAUUUAUUGAAUACAAUAGGUAUAGCUAUGGGCUUACCAACAAGUGACCCAGAAACGUGGACAAAGAGUGAAUUAGAAAAAGCUUUAAGAGGUGAGUUGGUUUUUUACGAAGGCAAAGCUCGUGAAGCCAUUGAUGUAGUAGCUGACCAAAUUAGAUCUUGUUGUGGCGGAGACGAUAAAAAUUUUGUUACGGUACUACCUAUUGAAAUAUACCAUGAAAGUAAAUUAUAUGAAGUUCCUUUGUUUAGAGUAAAGAGAUAUAAAGAUUCAAAAAAUUACUAUAUUGACAAUAUCGGGAGAUGUUAUGGUUCAUUUUCCGAUUGGUUUGAAUUUAAUAAAUUACCCCCAGGCAAAAUGGCUUAUCCAUAUAAACUAAUAUUGGCACCCCUUUCGGGAAGUAAGAGAGCCAAUGUAUACGUUGCCAACACCCCUUGUUCAAGGAUAGAAGCAAAGACCGCUAGAGGUCUUGAUACAGUUGCUGCAGUUGCAGGACUGGGAUCCAGUGUAGCUUUAUUGUUUGUAACGGGUGGAUUGGCAGCUCCAUUAGUUGGGACCGCGUUGGUGACAGCGGGAUAUGGUACUACGAGAGCUGGGUAUCAAUUAGCGGAGAAAGCGGUACACGGAGAAAAUAUUAAUCCUUUUACAAAUUCAGAGUCGCGAAUGCUAUGGUUGGGCAUCGCAGCCAACUUAACAAGUUUUGGCGCUAUGGGAGCAUCAAUGCGAUUAACAUCCUUAGCAGCGCGUGGCCGAAAUAUAUCCGAUGCUUUCCGAAUGGUUGCUGAUAUUGCUAAUGGAACAAAUGUAGCUGUAAGUGGUAUUGCAAUUCUGAAUACAACUAUUUUUAUGAUUAAUAACCAUAAAGACUUAUCUGCAGUUGAUAUACUUAUGCACGGAGCUUCGAUUGCAUUCUGGACAAAGGGUGUUUUUUGUUAUAAAUCAGCUAACACAAUCAUAAAGGAAUCGGAAAAUUAUGCAUUUUCUCAUCUCAGUAAAGAUUUAAGUCCAGAGCAGGCAGCUGAAUUGGCUGCUAUAAGAAACCGUGUACAAAAUGAUGGUCAGCUUUUAAAAAAAUUUCAUGCAGCAAUGGCCUCUAACAUAUCAGCAAAAGAUUACUCUCAGAUAUUAAUUGAUGGCAUGAAAUAUUACGAUACUGUUGCCACGCUCAGUCCAGAUCAGAUAGAGGCUUUUAACAGUAUAAGAAAUUAUGUUAGGGACGACAUCCAUUUAAUAACCGGUCUAACACGAAUAUCAAAUCAUAACGGGUGGACCCCAAGUGAAACUAUUGAACUAGUAUUAAACAUGUGGCAAAAAUCAACUCAAACAAAUGCUCCUAGUGGCACUAAUGCUAUUCUUAGAGAAGGUAACAUCAUAUUGGGAAGAGCUCCGCCGAUUAAAAUUGAUCAAUUACCGAAACUGUCACCUCCCAUGAUGCGUUUUCUUGGUGAACAUUUGAGUCAGAUAGAUGUUGCAGCUAGUCGUCAAUGGUCAUCAUCCGUCCCUGUGCUGCUGAAUCUUCAGGCUCAAGGCAUGUUUACAAUUUGCCCGGUAACAAAAGUUUUUAAUAGUGGUCGUGCUGUAAUUUUCUUGAACAAUCAGCUUGAAGUUAGCAUUUAUAAACUUAAUACUAUACCUAAGGAAGAUAGACUUAAAGUCUUUGAAAUGAUCAGUCGCCUAUCUCCUUCUGUAUCCAGUUCCCAAUUACCUUCUGAAUUGAUGCGAAUAUGUGUACGCGAUCAUAGAUUACGUUUCUAUUGCCAAAGAAAUGAGAGCAUUAAGCUCACUGAAAAGUACGUUGAAAAGUAUCCUGCAUUACGAAGGAUAGUUCAAGCCGAUUUAUUAAGUCACGAAAAGGACAGGCUGUACACAUUUGUUAGUGAAGUAAGUCGGUAUAAGGUUGAUAUCUACAUGGAUGAUAUGAUGAAAUUUGUCUGUGAAAUGAAACCAAAAAAUAUCAGUGAGUUGGUAGCUUAUUGUGAAUUUGCUAUUACUUGUGUCGAAGAUGAGAUGCUUUUGAUAAACGACCAGAUAAAAAAGAAACAGAUAAUUCCACCUCGCAAUACAAAACUCUCGGUUUGGACGAGAAAAGAAGCCAGCGCUAAAGUAUUCAAAGACGGGCAGACAUUAAUAAAGAAGUUCAGGGACACCUUAAAAAUAGUAACGGAUAACGACAUGGCCGGAGUCGUCACGCUCGCCGAGGGCCUGUCGGACGACGCGCUCGUGGCGGCCAUCAGGAACACCACGGUGCGGUUCGGCAGCCCCGUGUCGGCCGCCUACCACAUCCUGAAGCACCCCACCGCGCCGCUGGAGGCGCACGUGGCGCGCGCCAACCAGACGCUGGCGCCGCCCAGUCGCGCCGCCGUGAGCGUCGGCCAGGACGGCGACGUGCGCUCCGUGCACUUCGAGGGCGACGGCGGGAAGUGCUUUCUGCUCGAGAGAGGCGGCCGCGUGUUCCUCUGUUCGUAUGUGCCGAAGAGUCGCGAGUAGAAUUUUAAACACAUGCGAGAUGAUGUUAUUCUCUGAUUCGAAAUUAAAAAACAUGUUAUAUGUCAAUGUAUUAUAUCGCAGUUGUGUGCACUUUGAGGGAUUGUAUAAAGGUUUUUUACUUACUGAUUUGUUUACAAAUAGAAAUACAAACAAAUAUUUUUGCUAUAACUACUGUAAAUGCUUUAUUGACCACCAUAAAGUUAAUGGGACAAAAGGCGGACCUAAUGCC